AUGAUAUCUUGGAUAAAGAUGGUUACCCAACGUUCGAGUCCCGUCCGAUUGACACCAAGGCGCUGGUGGAGUGCCCGACAUACAGGCAGGCUGCCCGCCUGUACGAUGGCUAGUCGACAUGAAAGGCUCUUGAAAUUAUCCUGCGACCAGAGGCGAGGCAGGAGGGUCGUGAAGGCCCCACAGGCGACGAGAAUGGGCCCACCACACAGUCCAAAUGCUCCUCAGCCGGCGAGGGUGGUCUCGCCGUCGAGCUCGGGGCCCGCGUCGGAUCCAGAAGUCGAGGAGAUCGACCCCAGUGCCGUUUUGACGCAGAGGAAGAGGACUCGUGUGAAAGGUGGUCCGACUGUCGGCGAGGACGCCGGUGCUGUUAAAUCUUUCGCCUUCCCCCCUUGCUUCGAAGAGGCGGGCUUUUUCGAGCGAUUCCCUCCGACAGUGGUUGCCCAUGAAGCUGCGGCCAUAAAAAAGAUGAGUAAAGAGGAACGGAAGGCGUAUCUGGCCGCCAUCGUGGAUGGGCUGGUAAAAAUGGCCGAAAUGGCUUUGGUGCUAUCCGAGGAUGGAGGGGAUUCUGCCCGUGUUGAAGAACUCGAGCAGGAGAAGGCGGCCCUGACCGCGAGCUCACGGAAGUUGAAGGUCGCUCUGGAACGCUCCGAGGGGAUGUUCCGAGAGCAGACUACGAUGCUCGAUGCUGAGAGGGAGAUGUUGACCCUGGAGAAGGAGAAGUCGGGGAAGUUGACCGAGGAAGGGGAGCUUCUUCGGGCAGACAGGGAUCGCCUGGGGGCUGAAGUCGAACGCUUGGCCAAACAGGUCGAGGAAAUGAAUGCUGCCCUGCAACCUGCCGAGGACGAGCCCGAGGACCUCGUAGCUUUGAAGAGUCGGGUGGAGCUGGUCGCUCACAUCCGGCUCCUCGAGGUAGACUGCGUCGGUGCCCUGGAGGACGGGUUCAACUCUGCGGUCGGUCAACUCUCCUUGCUAAACCCCGACCUGGUCACUGAGGGUAUCGGCCACACACACCAGAUCGUGGAUGGCGCGAUCGUUCCUCCGCCCGACUCUCCAAACACCGACAAUGAUGAUUCCGUGGAGCCUAAGUCCCAGGCCCGAGGAGUGCCCGUAAGUGGCUUUGAUUUGGUGAGCGAGUCUGCCCGCCUCCGUUUGUAUGCGUUCCCGGCCCUAUUUCAAUUGGCCGGAGUCACCUAA